AUGUUGGAAAAUGUAUUGGUUCUUGAUAAUGGUGCUUAUACAAUUAAAGCUGAAUAUGGAACUGCUCAACAACCAAGAGUGAUACAUAAUUGUAAAAUAGCCCGAGGAAAAGGAGAUAAAAAGACAUUUAUAGGAGAUCAAUUAAAACCAUGUUUCAAUUUACCAAAUAUUCAAAGAUCAUAUGAUGAAAUAGUCUUUGAAGCUUAUGAAUUUCAAUCAUAUUUUCGUACAAUUGCACCUUGGUUAUGUAUACAAAAUGAUACAACAAAUCUCUAUAAUGAUAUAAAUUCUUCAGCGAAACCCGAUUGCGUUUUGGUAGUUGAUUCCGGAUAUUCUUUUACUCAUAUUAUUCCUUUUGUUAUGAAUCGACCUGUGCUUCCUGCUAUUCGAAGAAUUAAUAUUGGAGAUUAUUUAUUAAAUUAUUUUAUUAAUUGUAGAUAUUGGGAUAUGAUGGAUCAAACAUAUGUAAUGAAUGAAGUUAAAGAAUCAUGUUGUUAUGUUUCACAGAAUUUUUUGGGAGACCUUGAAACCUGUCGAAGAAAUACUAGAAAUAAUUCUAUUUUAAGAGAAUAUGUUCUUCCCGAUUUUUCAAGAAAUUCUCAAGGAUAUAUAAGGGAAAAAAAAUGUAAAGAAGAAAGUUAUGAUCAAUCAGAUGAACAAGUUUUAUAUAUGAACAAUGAACGUUUCACUGUACCUGAAAUAUUAUUCAAUCCUUCUGAUAUUGGCAUGAAACAAGCAGGAAUUCCGGAAGUUAUAGUAGAAUCAAUUAAUGCUGUUCUUCCUGAAAUGUUUCCGUUUUCAGUAAAUGAGGUUGAUUUACAAGGUUUAUUUUAUAGUAACAUUGUGUUAGUUGGCGGAAAUAGUUUAUUUUCAGGAUAUAAAUCAAGAAUUGAAAAAGAUUUACGUAUUUUGGCUCCAACAGACUUUGAAAUUAGAGUUGGAAUUCCAGAAAAUCCAAUAACUUAUGCAUGGAAAGGUGGAAAUAAUUUUAUUACCAUGCCUGAAUUUAAAGAAAAAUUGGUAACUCGAUCUGAAUACUUAGAAUUUGGUAUUGACAUAGCUGCUAAAACUGUAAAUCCUUGUGCAGCUAUACGAUAUCUCAUAAAUUUUUGCAUUGUUGCAGAAUCUCCACGUUGA